AUGGCGAGCUCGCCGGCGGGCUCGCCGCCGGCGCCGGCGCCGCCCGGCGGGGCGCAGGCGCAGCCCGCCUACCCAGCCCAGACGAUGUUCUACCCCCAGGCGCAGGUGCCCUACGGCCAGGCGCAGUGGCCCUACGGCCAGGCCGGCUACGCGGGGCAGCCCUGGGCGGCCCAGGCUGCACAGCAGCAGUUCGCGGGCUACCCCGCCGCGUACAGCAUGCAGCAGGCGGCAGGACCCCGAUGCGCGCCCUGGCCGCAGCUGCAAGCCCACCAGGCGUACGCGGCCUCCAUGGCCGCGUACGCGCCCGCCAUGGCCGCCAUGGGCGCCCUCCCCCAGCCGCAGCAGGCUGGGGCUCUGCCCCUGAACCCCGCCCAGCCCCAGCAGCCUCCGCAGCAGCCCCAGAGCGGCGCCGACGCCACCCGGCAGAGGGCGGUAGCCGAGCAGGUGCUCGCGCAGCAGCGCGCCUGGGCCGAGGCCAUGGCGCGCCAGACGGCCGGCACGACGGCCCAGGACGGCUCGGCGGCCAAGAAGGCGCAGCCCUCCCCGCAGCGACGGCGGGCCGAGGGCGACGACCGCGCCGCCUCGAAGGACGAGCGGCCGCGGCGCGAGAUGCCCAAGCGGGAGCGGUGGGAGCCUCCUUGGUCGCCGACGUGGGAUCGGCGGGAGGAGCGGGCCACGGCGGAGGCGCCUCGAGAGCGAGCGCGGGCCAGUGAGCGGUGGAUGCCCAGCUGGGAGCGCGAGGCGGGCCGUGGCGCCAAGCCGGCCCGGCCCGGCGAGGGGGGCCGGGCGAGCCCGAGCGGCAAGGGCGGCAAGGGCAAGGACGCCAGCGGCAAGGGCAAGGGCAAGGAGGCGGAGAAGGCCGCGCCCGCCACAGGCAGGGCGGCGAGGGCCCGGCAGGCGGAACCGGACGAGGUGCAGCCGCCGGGCCGCACGCGGCGGCGGGGCAAGGUCUCCGAGUACGGGGUGCCCGCGACGCCCCCCGCAGGGGCCAGCAAGCCCGGCGCGAGGCCCGAGGAGGGGCCCCGGAGGACGCGCCACCACGGCAAGUUCCCCAGCCCCACGGCAGCCGACCGGGGAGAGGACGGCUGGUGGGACGACUGGGGCGACGGCUGGGGCGACGGCUGGGACGAGGGCUGGCACGAGGACUGGGGCGAGGGUCGGCACGAGGGCGGCCGCCGCCGCCGCCGCGGGAAGGCCGGCGGGCAGCAGUGGGCCGAGGAGGCGGACGCCUGGGACUACGAGGAGGACCGAGGCCUGGGGCAAGGGCCAGGCCAAGGGCAAGGGCAAGGGCAAGUCGAAGGCCUGGCACGAGGAGGAGGCCUCCUGGGAGGCGCCGAAGGGCGCCGGCAAGAAGGGCGGCGGCAAGAAGGGCGGGGCGAAGGGCGGCAAGUCGAAGGACCGACGGAGCCCGAGGAGCUCACGAGCCGCAGGGGGCGCCGGGCAAGGCACCGCUGACCGGGGCGCGCUCUCCAGCUCCGCGGCGCGCCUCCCCUCGCGCCCCGGAGGCCCCGGCGCCCUGCGCCUCCCCUUCCCUCUACGGCCCCUCCCCUCACCCUGCCUCCCGCCUUUUCAGCCCGUCGGCCCCGGCCGCGCGCCGCGGCGUAGGGCCGCCGGGUUGCCGCGGUGCGUGUGCGCGCUUCU